CGACCUUCUAAGAGCCUUAGCAUCUCUCUGGUUUCCAGGACUCGGCGGCUACUCUAGCCUUCAGCAGGGACUCGGGACUCUAUCCCCUAGGGUGGUAUCUCUAUGGUUGCCUUUUCUCCUUUGUCCCGAAUUUCCUCCGAGAGGACGCUCUGGCGGAACCCUCGCCCUUCCCACGGCUGCCUCUGCGGCCCCUCUUAGAUGCAACCAGAGAAGUCAACGCAGCCCUACGAGAUUCACCGGCUUUUAGCUCCCGAGGGUCCGCACUGACAAGAAGGAUGGCGGAACUGCUGCCGCUCACCCCGCGUCUUCUGGCCACUUCCCACUUUGUCGCCCCUUCCCACAGGCUCCCCCUUUCCACCUCCUGGGGCCCAUCAUGAAUGGUGCCCCCUCCCCAGAGGAUGGGGCCUCCCCCUCCCCUCCCCCCCUGCCACCACCCCCUCCCCCAAGUUGGCGGGAGUUCUGUGAGUCCCACGCCCGGGCUGCAGCCCUGGAUUUUGCCCGUCGUUUUCGCCUCUACCUGGCCUCCCACCCCCAGUACGCAGGACCUGGCGCAGAAGCCGCCUUCUCUCGCCGCUUCGCUGAGCUCUUCCUGCAGCACUUUGAAGCUGAGGUGGCCCGGGCCUCAGGCUCCCUCUCACCACCAGUUCUAGCUCCCCUGAGUCCCGGUGUGGAGAUCCCGCCGUCACAUGACUUGUCCCUUGAGAGCUGCAGGGUAGGCGGGCCCCUGGCUGUGCUAGGCCCUUCUCGAUCAUCCGAGGACCUGGCUGGUCCCCUCCCUUCCUCAGUCUCUUCUUCUACGACCUCCUCGAAGCCGAAGCUCAAGAAACGCUUCUCCCUCCGUUCAGUGGGUCGCUCCGUCCGAGGUUCUGUCCGUGGCAUCCUGCAGUGGCGGGGAACUGUUGACCCUCCCUCCCCAGCGGGUCCCCUGGAAACCUCAUCAGGCCCCCCAGUCCUAGGUGGAAACAGCAACUCCAACUCCUCUGGGGGGGCUGCGACUGUUGGUCGGGGACUGGUUAGUGAUGGCACAUCCCCUGGGGAAAGAUGGACUCACCGAUUUGAGAGGCUGAGACUAAGUCGGGGAGGGGGAACAUUGAAGGACGGAGCAGGGGUGGUGCAGAGGGAAGAGCUGCUGAGUUUCAUGGGGGCUGAGGAGGCCGCCCCUGACCCCGCUGGAGUGGGCCGGGGAGGAGGGGCAACUGGGCCUUCCUCUGGGGGAGGAGGGCAGCCCCAGUGGCAGAAGUGUCGCUUACUGCUUCGGAGUGAAGGAGAAGGAGGAGGAGGAAGUCGCCUGGAGUUCUUCGUACCACCCAAGGCAUCUCGGCCCCGACUCAGCAUUCCCUGCUCUACUAUCACGGAUGUUCGGACAGCCACAGCCCUGGAGAUGCCUGACCGGGAAAACACGUUUGUGGUUAAGGUGGAAGGCCCCUCAGAGUAUAUCCUGGAGACAACUGAUGCUCUCCAUGUGAAGGCCUGGGUGUCUGACAUUCAAGAAUGCCUGAGCCCAGGACCCUGCCCUGCUACCAGUCCCCGCCCCAUGACCCUCCCUCUGGCUCCUGGGACCUCCUUCCUCACAAGAGAGAACACAGAUGGCCUCGAACUGCCCUGCCUGAACCACUCAGAGAGUCUGCCCAGCCAGGAUCUGCUUCUGGGAGCCAGUGAGAGCAAUGACCGCCUUUCACAGGGGGCAUAUGGGGGCCUCUCAGACCGGCCCUCAGCAUCCAUCUCCCCCAGUUCAGCCUCCAUUGCUGCCUCCCAUUUUGACUCCAUGGAACUGCUUCCCCCAGAGCUACCCCCCCGCAUCCCCAUUGAGGAGGGCCCCCCGGCAGGGACAGUUCAUCCCCUCUCAACCCCUUACCCUCCCCUGGACACUCCGGAAACAGCCACAGGUACCAGAGGGUCCUUCCUGUUCCAGGGGGAGUCAGAGGGAGGUGAGGGGGACCAGCCCCUCUCAGGAUACCCUUGGUUCCAUGGAAUGCUCUCUCGACUCAAGGCCGCCCAGCUAGUGCUGGAAGGAGGCACCGGCUCGCAUGGUGUCUUCCUGGUACGUCAGAGCGAAACGAGGCGGGGUGAAUAUGUCCUCACUUUCAACUUCCAGGGCAAGGCCAAGCACCUGCGUUUGUCACUGAACGAAGAGGGUCAGUGCCGGGUCCAGCACCUGUGGUUCCAGUCCAUUUUCGAUAUGCUCGAACAUUUCCGGGUGCACCCCAUCCCUCUGGAGUCUGGAGGCUCCAGCGACGUUGUCCUUGUCAGCUAUGUGCCCUCCCAGCGGCAGCAGGAAUCGAACACCUCCCAUGACCUACCCCAGCCCCCUGAACCCCCUUCAUGGACAGAUGCCCCACAUCCUGGGGCAGAAGAGGCGUCGGGGGCGCCAGAAGUGGCGGCAGCAGCAGCCCCAGCAGCCAAAGAGAGGCAAGAGAAAGAGAAAGCGGGCAGUGGAGGGGUCCAGGAAGAGCUGGUCCCCGUGGUUGAGCUGGUCCCCGUGGUCGAAUUGGAAGAGGCCAUAGCACCCGGCACUGAGGCCCAGAGUGGCGCUGGCUCUGGUGGGGAAAUUGGGGUGACCCCGAUGGUGCAGCUCCAGCAGUUACCACUAGGGGGCAACGGAGAAGAAGGGGGCCAUCCCAGAGCCAUUAAUAACCAGUACUCCUUCGUGUGAGACACCCCACCUCACCCUCUCUCCACUCUUCUUGCUCCCCAGUCCUCAGGUCAUGAGAUUGGACUGGGUAGGGACAUAGAGGAGAGUUGGGAGUCCCCUUCCCACAUGCUUCCUGACCCUUGUCAGCCAAGGGCAUAUGUGUUGGUACAAGCAGAGGUUCAAGAGCCCUGUCAACUUCCUAGUUUGUACACUACAGGCGCCCAUCCCCUAGGCAGGGGAUUUGGGCCCCAUUACCUACCUGAGGGGCUCUUACGGUCAGUCCCAUCCCUGGGGGCCAUUUCCCCAUUAACCACCUCCCAGCCCACACAAGGGUGAUGGGGGGAAGGGCUGUCAGUUAUAUUAAGGUUGUUGUUGUUGUUGUUUUAAACAAAAUGGAGAAGCAUAAAUAAAUAAAAGGGUUUAUCUGA